AUGGACGUCAAUUCUGUGAAUUUCAUCUAUGCUGGCCUGCUCACCGCUGGCGGUGUCAUCGGUUACUUGAAAGCAGGUUUGGAGUAGUUUUUUUAUUCUUCAUGAAUAGUCUCAAAUAAAUCCAUCCACAUAAUCAUAGAACCACUUGAAAAACUUCAUGACUUCAAAUAUUUGAAGUCAUGAUUUUGAAACAUUUUUUGAUCUUUUGAUACUAUAAAGAUAAUGUUGAAAAAUGAGUUAGCAAUGGAGUAUCCUAAAUACAAACUGUGUAUUAUGUUGACAUCGAGCCUUCUUAAAAGUCACAACAGUUUUAGGCUCCUAUUGAAAAUUAUAAAGGAAAUCUUUUGAAGAUUGAACGUUUUCGUUUUAAUUAGCUACGGCUAGUAAUAAGGGAAGAUAGAACCACCUAAGAUUUUCUCAUUUUUAAGCCAAAAAAAAGAGAAAUGAAAAUUUGUAAUGUUUUUUUUUUGUUUGGAGACUGGGAAAACUUUUGACCUCGUCCCCUUUAAGCUUCGAUUCCAUCGUUAGCGGCAGGAGCGGGAAGCGGCGCCAUCGUCGGUCUGGCAACUUACUAUAAUAUCCCCCAGAAGACGAUUCUCGUGGCUGGUGAUUCGACCUCCAUUUCCUUUCAAUUUCUCAUUUUCCAGCUGUCUCCGGAAUCCUUACUGUUGCCAUGGGACGACGUUUUAUACGUUCCGGCAAGUUUAUUCCCGCAGGACUCAUUGCUGGUUCCAGGUUUGCUUUUUUCCACUGUUUUUAUUGGACCAGAUCUAUUGAUUUUUUGACUUUUGUCACCAACGAAUCAACUUUUUUUUAGCGCGGUCACCUUCAUCACGCAACUACUCAAAAUCCAACGAGAGGGGAUGUAA